GGGUUGACGAGGGGCGUCAUGGCCGAGGGCAGCGGGGAAGUAGUCGCAGUGCCCGCGUCCGGGGGUGCCAACAGCCUCAGCAAUGGGGCCAGUGGGAACUCGGCGCAGACCAGCAACCCGCUAUCGCGGAAGCUGCAUAAGAUUCUGGAGACGCGGCUGGACAACGACAAGGAGAUGUUAGAAGCUCUCAGGGCACUUUCAACUUUUUUUACUGAAAAUAGUUUGCGAACUCGACGAAAUUUACGUGGAGAUAUUGAACGCAGAAGUUUAGCCAUUAAUGAAGAAUUUGUAAGCAUUUUCAAGGAAGUGAAGGAGGAACUUGAAAGCAUAAAUGAAGAUGUCCAAGCAAUGAGCAGCUGUUGUCAAGAUAUGACUGGUCGCCUACAGGCUGCAAAGGAACAGACUCAAGAUUUAAUAGUAAAAACCACUAAGCUUCAAGCUGAAAGCCAAAGAUUAGAAAUAAGAGCACAAGUUGCAGAUGCCUUCUUAUCCAAGUUCCAGCUGACUCCUGAUGAAAUGAGUCUUCUCCGAGGUACAAGAGAAGGACCAGUUACUGAGGAUUUUUUCAAAGCAUUGGGAAGAGUAAAACAAAUUCAUAAUGAUGUCAAAGUUCUCUUGCGAACAAACCAACAAACGGCAGGCUUAGAAAUUAUGGAACAGAUGGCCUUGCUUCAAGAAACAGCUUAUGAAAGACUUUACCGAUGGACUCAAAGUGAGUGCAGAACGUUGACACAAGAAUCAUGUGACAUAUCUCCAGUAUUAACUCAGGCAGUGGAAGCCCUGCAGGAUAGACCUGUCUUAUACAAGUAUACAUUAGAUGAAUUUGGAACAGCCAGAAGAAGUACAGUUGUUCGUGGAUUUAUUGAUGCUCUUACAAGAGGGGGUCCAGGAGGUACACCUAGACCCAUUGAAAUGCACUCCCAUGACCCUUUAAGGUAUGUUGGAGAUAUGUUGGCUUGGCUCCAUCAAGCUACUGCUUCUGAAAAGGAACAUCUUGAAGCUCUUUUAAAGCAUGUAACUACACAAGGUGUUGAAGAAAAUAUUCAAGAAGUUGUUGGACAUAUCACCGAGGGUGUGUGUAGACCCCUAAAGGUUCGAAUUGAGCAAGUAAUAGUUGCUGAACCUGGGGCAGUUUUAUUAUAUAAAAUUUCUAAUCUCCUCAAGUUUUACCACCAUACAAUUAGUGGCAUUGUUGGAAAUAGUGCAGCCACCUUGCUGACUACUAUUGAAGAAAUGCAUUUGCUAAGCAAAAAAAUAUUCUUUAAUAGCUUGAGUCUUCAUGCAAGUAAAUUAAUGGACAAGGUUGAACUCCCUCCACCUGACCUUGGACCAAGUUCUGCACUAAAUCAGACGCUCAUGUUGUUGCGUGAAGUUUUGGCAUCUCAUGAUUCUUCAGUCGUGCCGUUAGAUGCUCGCCAAGCUGAUUUUGUGCAGGUUUUAUCAUGUGUCUUGGAUCCUCUCCUCCAGAUGUGUACUGUAUCAGCCAGCAAUUUAGGUACAGCUGACAUGGCAACUUUCAUGGUCAAUUCACUGUAUAUGAUGAAGACAACAUUAGCUUUGUUUGAAUUCACUGACAGACGUCUUGAAAUGCUACAGUUUCAGAUUGAAGCACAUUUGGACACACUUAUAAAUGAGCAAGCUUCGCAUGUUUUAACUAGAGCAGGCUUGAGUUACAUCUAUAACACUGUACAGCAACAUAAACCUGAACAGGGCUCUUUAGCUAAUUUGCCCAACCUAGAUUCUGUGGCACUGAAGGCUGCAAUGUGUUAAAAUCUCAAAGAAAAGAAAAUUACUGUCAAGCACAUUGAUUCUGCUUUUGAAUGCCUGGCUGAAAGUUGAGCGUGUAUCUGUCUGCUACCUACCAAAGAGGUACUCCCUCAUUUGUGGAUAUACAAGGACUUAAAGAGUACAUCACCCAAAUAUUCAAAGAAAACAAUUAGGAAAGGAUUUUAACAAGCAAUAAAUGAAUUAGAAUAAUUAGUGAAACAAAGACCUCAAAACAGGGAGAUGAAGAAGAGAACAACAGUAAAGAACAAUGAAUUCACUGUGUAUAUUAAAUUUAAAUGAAUAGUGGAAUUCACUGUUGACUGAAAACAUGUCCUUAAUGUGUUAUAUAAAGAUAGUAGACUCAAGGAAAAUUUAAAUGACAACAUCAAAUUAAAAAAUUAAACAUCUCAGCAAAACCUAAGAUUUGGAGGUGGAAAGCUUCAGACAAAGGCUACUAAGGUGACCUUGAGAAAAGGGAAGAGGUAGGGUAAGAGAAAGGAAGAUAAAGUACUCUGAUAGUCUCAUCUUUCUGAGGUAGAAGGAAGUUGUAGUGGAAAGAGAAUAGAGCGCUGUGGUAGAGGAAACGGGGCCUUGUAGAGGAAAUAGUGGGAUCUUGUUUUCAAGUAAUAGAGAAACGUGUCUGAUUAGAACACAGAUGAAGGGAAGAUAACUAUUAGUGGUACAGGAAAUCAACUUGAUUAAACCAUCAAAAUAAUGUACAGAAUCUGUUUUCUCAUUAAAAGAUGCAUGCUACUGUUAACCUGAAAAACAGUUAAAAAUAAACCCAGCUAUGUUUAAAGAAAAAAAAAAAAAGAACAAAAUAGUAAAGUAAUAAAUGUUGAAAAUAAAGGGAUAAGCCCAAAGAGAUACCUAAAAAAUGUAAAGAAGGCAGAGCCGGCAAUAUUAACAUUAGACAAGGUAGAGUUUAAAAACACUAAAUAGGAUAAAUAAGGAAUAUUACAUCAUGAUAAAAGACUGUGUAGCAUAAUAGUUACCAUUUCUAUGUAUCAAACAUGUUGUGUGCCAUCGAGUAGAUUCUGACCCAUAGCAACCCUAUAGGACAGGGUAGAACUGCCUCAUAGGAUUUCCAGGGAGUGGCUGGUGGGUUUUAACUGCCAACCUUUUGGUUAGCAGCCGAGCACUUAAGCAUUGUGCCACAAGGGGUCCUUAUAUCAAACAUAAUAGACUAUAUGGAGCAAAAUCUACUAAAAAUGCAAAGGAGAUUUGAUUUUAAAAGUUCAAGUAAGAAUAAAUGAAGGUGAAUUAAUUUUAGAUUCAUUUAAAAAUAAUUCUUUCUUACAAAGCUAAACAUACUGUCAUCA